AUGUUCAAAGAAAUAACUUAUAAUAUAUUUAACAAAUAUACAUGCCGGUUGUGUUUUAAGUAUAAAUAUUACAGCCUAUCAUCAACCAUAACGAAUCAGUGCUCUCUGCCUGAUUUAAAUUUUAGCUAUUUAUGUGACCCUGCUAAUACCGAAAAAAUAAAAAAUGAUAUUAAAAAACGCAAAGGAAGAGGUGAUAUCAACAAAGUUAUUAAAUUACACAAAGAUUGGUUAAAUAGUUUUGACAACAACAAAGAUUUUCUGAAGUCAGAAUUGAUAAGAGCUGCAUUAAAAAUACCAAAUAUUUCUCAUUCUGAAAUAUCUCAUUUAGAAGAAGAACCAACUGUUGUUAGAGAAAUAGGAAAAUUACCAAAGGAAGUACCAUUUAAGUAUUUAACUUUUGAAGAAAUUGCAGAUAACUUCAAUUUAUGUAGAACUGAUGUAUCAAAUUUCACAGGAUCUAGAAGUUAUUACCUGCUAGAUCAGUUAGCUUUACUGGAACAAGCAUUAAUAAAAUACACCUUAUUUAAAUUAAAAGAAUUGAACUUCAGUCUUCUAUCAGUUCCAGACAUACUACCUAGAAAUAUAAUAGAAAUGUGUGGAAUGGAGACCAAAGGCGAACGAAACCAGGUGUAUACUUUGGACCAAUCAAAAUGGAAUGAUUUAUGUCUCUCUGGAACUGCAGAAAUGGGAAUAGCAUAUUAUCUCAGUAACAUAAAGCUCUUAGAUAAGAAAUUUCCUCUGAAAAUUGCUGCAGUAAGUAGAUGCUUCAGAGCUGAAACCUCUAAAAUAGCUGAAGAAAAAGGGAUAUACAGGGUGCAUCAGUUCACCAAGGUAGAAAUGUUUGGUAUUUCUUCCCCAAGCCAAUCGGAUUCAUUAUUAAAUGAAUUCGUUCAGAUACAAGAAGAUUUAUUCACUUCCUUAGGUCUUGUUCUUAGAACACUGGAUAUGCCUCCUCAUGAACUUGGAGCUCAAGCAGCGAGAAAGUUUGAUGUUGAAGGCUGGCUACCUGGAAAAAAGAAAUGGGGAGAAUUGUCAAGUGCAAGUAACUGCACUGACUAUCAGUCAAGAAGAUUGGGAAUUACUUCAAAAGAUUCCUAUCUCCAUACUAUAAAUGGCACUGCUUGUGCUAUACCUAGACUUAUUAUAGCAUUGCUCGAAACUUAUCAAAAGGAAGAUGGCAGGGUAGUCCUUCCUGAAGUUCUUGAGCCAUUUCUUGGGUUUAGAAAUAUUUCUCAGUGUCGUUUCCCCAAACCUAGUGUUUUCAAAAUACAUCAAAGAUUUAGGUAA